AUGCCGGGUUACAAAGAGCGUUCUAGCAUCCUGCAGGAUCUCGGAGACACGAUAUUCAAACUCGUGUGCGAUUGGGCCACACCCGAGCAGUGGGCCGAGUGGCUGAGGGCUCCGCUGGAGCAUGCGGCAGCCACGGGGGCAGGAGGAGACAUCAAAGCGAAAGCCCCCCACACCUGGCAUACACCCCUGGAUCUGACGGUUACUGGCGGGAAGGAGGCUGCUGCAAAGGCACUAAUCAUGGCCGGGGCGGAUGGUCACAUGUGGGAACACAGAGUAGCGAAGGACCUGUUGCUGAGUGGAGCCAACCCUAUUCAGGCAGGAUCGAACGGCAAUUUCCCCAUCCACCUCGCUGCUUGCCACGGUCUAGAUGAGGUGGUGUUGGCAGUUGUCGAGAAGGGGAUUGACCUGAAUUGCCUCAACAACAAACGAGAGAUUCCUCUCCUUCUAGCGUUGCUGCGAAUUGCAGCCUGCGAGAACAAAGCAGCUGCCAUCCGAGUGCUGUUCGAAGCCGGAGCCGAUAUCGAAGCCAGGCUGACUCUCUUCCAACUGGGAGCCAAGGUCAACUCAAAGGAGAAUGAACGAAUCACUUCGUUGUCUUCGGCGUGUUCCUUCGGCAACCAUGACGCCGCGGGCCUGCUAUUGAGUUGGGGUGGGGACGAGAACGCCAUGGACUCAGAGGGAGAGACUGUCGUCUUCAUGGUGAUGCAACAGAUCGCUGAAGCUCCCGCAUCUGUUCGCCCGCCCCUUGAGCGUCUUUCCAGGCUUCUGGCCCGUGCUCCGCAGGACAGGGCCUGGCGUCGCCGGGGCUUCCUUGUCCUUGGCCGUGUUCACCCAGACAGGGUGCGACUGGCAGUGGAGAUCCCUCCAGCAGCAGCUGAUGCUACCGAGCAGCCGCAGCAACGCCCAAGGCGCCGUGCUAGCACGGGGCAGGUGGAGGUGGAUGGAACGAACGGAGGUGGGGGUGGAACAGGUGCGAGCAGUGGCGUUCGGGCCGGGAUUGAAGCUGUGCAUGAAGGCACCGUCGCUGGGUUCGGUGGUGUGUCGGCCUGGAUGAUGGCACUGACAGAGGAGGGCGUGUUCCGCAGGAUCGUGGGCUUCCUGUAGUGUGUGGAAGAACAAUCAGGUCCGUUGCUGUUAUGUUUUUUUUCUUUUGCGGUUCAAACGGUAGCGUUAUGUCUCACUGUCUGAUGUGUACACACGGGAAUCUUAGGCGGCAUCUAUCUGAUGUUGUUUGCCGCGGCAAGUUUUGACGGCAAGAUUACAGAACACAAAUCCUACCCAGUGCUCGCGCGGUUCGGGGUGGUUGUGUAGACAGGUGUUUCACCCAUUCGCGGUUCAAUUAGAACUCCGCUUUCUGGAUAGUACAAGUGUAGCUCCCUCUCCUGUAUUUUCCCAAACUCUCUGUCGUCAGGUGUGGCUUGGGGAAAAUCUAUCGAAAUGUCGCGACUCUCCAGAAGAUUUUUCUAGUUUGGGUCUGCGUUGAAACCCUGUUGUCUUCCUCCUGUGGAAUCUGCAGCCGCGUUUUUAUUUUCAUUGGUGUCCUGAAUAUAUUCGCUGCAUGCAUAGCAUUGACUUGGAAGCAACACCUUGCCUGGUGAUCAAACGAGUUUUCUGUACGGUCUGUCAGCAAGCUGGUAUCUUGAGCUUUUCCCUAUCCGUGUCUCCUCCCCCCGUUUGCGCACACUCUUUCGAAAACGUGUUUCGGGCAUCAGCAUCCACUUACGGCAGCGUGGUCUGGAUGACCAAUGGUGAAGGAUCUCAUGACUCACAAGCAGCGGCUCCUCUGUGAUAUAUAAACUUUAAACAUGGUCGUGCGCUCGGUGCUGUCUAGGCGUGCCUCGAACCCAACGUACGUAUUCCAGCUCCGGCCAAGCCCACACCACGUUGCUAUAACCAUGACACAGGAACACGCUCUUUCGGCCCGCCCGCCGGGACUCUCUGUGAUGGUCGGAAUUGUGUUUUCUAUUUGUCUUCCCUUCGAUGUGUUGCCCGGCUUUGCAUCUGAUUCUCCGCAAGAUGUCGACAGUUAUGCCCUCGUUUUCUGCUUCUGGAGCAAGAUGUUUCAAAGAGUUCUUGUUCCUGUCGCUGUUGAACAACUUCUCCCUUUUGCUUGGUCUUGCAGGAAGUAUAUUUGACGUCUCCUGGUCUGUACUCUGUUUAUCCUUGCGGUGAAUGGGUCUUUGUACGGCUCUUUAGGUGGCUGGUAGUUUUUCAACUGUCCGUCGAGCUCAGCAUCCGUUGAUCAUACCUAUUAUUUGGUUGUGUCUGUUGUUCGUGUCUCGCUGCACAUGAGCCACCGUGUCUUGUGUGACGGGUCAUAUCGUUCGCCUGGGCUUGGCCGCCCUAUUUUGUUUCUUGGGCAACGCCCUUUCCUCUCUCCCCUUCGUCUCUCCUCUUCCUUGUGCUCUGGCGAUUUUUUUUCUUUGUGUGGCGGCGUGUGCGUGUGUUUGUUACUUUCGUGCUAGCCAUUCGCCUCGUUUGUGCUAGUCUAUUGCCCCGCAGUCCCGUACCCCCGCUCACCUCUACAGUGUUUUUGUGCUUGAUGAGAGCUUAGCCAGCGAGGGGCAUUUGAACAAGUGAUGGCGAACAGAAAUGUAUCCGUUUCUUGUUCGAUUUUUUGUGUUCGUAUCGGUACCGAUGGCCGGACGGGGGCGGGGCAGCUCUACGGCGAGCUGUUCGUCCCUGGGAACAAGCGAUUAUUUUCUGUCUUUGUGGGUUGCGGUCUUCUCGGAUGCGGUUUCGGAUGGAGCACACAACAAGAUCCAUAUGUAAGUGGAAGAGAGAUCAUGGUCUGGCUGAUGGUGGUCUGUGUGUGUGAGUGAGUUCGUGGUCAAUUUGCCGUGACUCUGUGUGGACCCGAUGUGGGACUGGCUGAUUGCUGACCUCUGGUGUGAUGCGCUCUGGGCUGCGUAGUGAACAAUAUAGGAGUCUUGAUUCGAAGCGUUUUUGCCGGAACUUCCGUUGUCCAGCUUGUCUUUGCUUGCGGAUAGAUGGCAUGACGGAAGGGAAGGAUUGUUUUCUUUCUUGUUGUUGUUGUGUUGGUCGGCAGCUUGUCAUCACAGUAAGCGAGACAGGGUGUUGGACACGCUAGGACGCGCGUUUCUUUUUCGUUCGAACCUCGAACAACGGUGCCGUCGAUUCAUGUUUCCUGUCGUCAGCAAUCCUCUGGUGGUGUUGGUGCCGGGACGGUUUUGUGAUUUCUUGCGGGAUCCAUGGACUGCCAGUGCCCG